AUGCCUGCCGUGCAGAGCGGGGUGACGUAUCCCAGAGAUACCACACCACCUCCGGGUCUUCCAGCCGGCUGGAAAGCUAUUGAGCGAGCCUACACUGCGAACAGCUCCUCUUUCGGCCAGACCUACAUUCGGUACCAAAGCGCAGACGGCAAACAUAAAUGUAUUUCCUCUGUUUUCAAGGCCGUCGAGCUCCAUGCUAAAGAGACUGGGCACGACCCCAAAAAGGCUGUAGAACGAUUAAAGGAAGACUUGAAACGUGAGAAGGUGGCUCGAGAAAGGGAGAAAGGCCAAGGCGAAGACAGGGAAGCGGCCGUGGAAACAUUUAGGAAGAGAUAUGGAGGCCUGGAAGCGACGACCUGUGCCAAAUUUGAAGGCUGGACGUACAAGACCAGCUUCCUGGAAGUCUCUGGGCAGACACAAGUUCUUUACGUCAGUGAGACGCAGGACGUGUUCGGCACGUUGAAGCAGGUUGAGGCUGCCCUAGGAUACCGCAUGAUGGACGGUCAGAACCUGGACAAGCUGGUGGCAGAUGCUCGUGCAGCAGCUAGGGAGACAUGGGGCGACCAGGUGGACAGCAAGCAGUUCAAUCCCCUACGUCGAACCUCUGAUGGCCUAAGCUUGCAGGAGGCCGUGAACUCCGGGGAGCUUGCGGUUUCGCAGCUGCGGAGAGUCCAAGUCCACGAAAUGGAGUCGCACUCUGCUGAGAUGGCCCGCCGGGUCGUGAAGGACGCGGACUACGAGCCGUCGGAUCUGGUUCUGGGCGAGCUGCCAAAGCCCCUGAACGACGAGCGCAAGGUUCUGAAGGAGCUGACCAAGAACAAGCUGCUUGAUGCCGCCGCACUUGCAGCGACAGUCACGAAGAUCUACACGAACUUGAAGACGCAACACUUCAAGAAGGUCCGACUGGUUCUCGUUGCGAGCCGCAAACCCAUCGCGGAUGACUCCAUUUCCAAGGGCUUGUUAGGUGUCUAUUACGCUGACUCCUCUAGGAUGGAGAGCGUUCAUGGAAAGCCCUUUUACACAAAGAUUUCUCUCCAUAGUGACAGCGACAAGAUGUUCUGUACGGGCUUGUAUUUGUUUUGGGGAAAGACCGCCGAAGCCUGGAAAGUUGCGAAGUCCAUCGAUGACGCAAGUGCAGGUUUACUCGUUGACAAGGGCGAUCUGAAAAUGUUACAACCGAAGAGCUCACCGCGCGCAAAGGUCCUGACAGAAGCAUGCUUCCAUCGCCUUCAGAAGAGAGGGAAGAAGAGGCGACGUUCCAGGAGCACGUCGGGCGCGGUCAAGACUGAAGAGUCGGAGCCGGGCAAAGAUGGGUAG